ACCGAAUCGAAGGAAGUAGAAGAAGGAAAACGGCAAAUACAGAACAGAAAAAAUGGCAGCAACGGCGGCGGCACAACCAUCUUACCACCACGAACAGCUACCUCCACCACCACCGCUACCACCAAUACAGUCCAGAAAACCGUUCCCAUCUCAGGACAGAGCUCAUCCUCCUCCCCUUUACCGACACGGCCUCCAUAUUAUCGACCGCGAAAAGACUUGCCCGUUAUUGCUUCGAGUUUUUGUUAAGCCUGGAGGUCACCACAAGAUGGAAGAAUUUUCUGUGAGAGGCAAAGAACCGAAGGAGGAGGUUCAAAUUUAUACGUGGAGAGACGCUACCCUUCGUGAAUUAACUGAUCUCGUCAAAGAGGUUGUCCCUGAGGCAAGGAGACGAGAUGCGAGAUUGUCAUUUGCCUUUGUGUAUCCUGAUAAACAUGGCCGUCAUGUGUUGAGAGUGGCUGGAGUAACUCAUUCAAGUGCAAGAAGACCAGAUGAUUCCCAAGCAUUGGGUCAACUAGGUUUUCAGAUUGGAGAUUAUUUGGAUGUGGCGAUCUUGUGAAGGAGAAAAUAUCGGUGAAUGAAGCUUGAUUGAUUUUGGGCAGUUCUGGCAAUUAUAAAAGUUCAAGUGAACACUUAUGAUGUGCAUUUAUCUUACUAUACACUUAUGAACACUUAUGUCAUUGAACCGGUUAAACCGGUUGAACCGGAAAUCAAUGGCCUCACCGGUUCGGCUACUGGUUCGGUUUUUAAAACACUGGAUAUUAGUAUGAUAGUUUAUGCUAGCUAGCUUAUGUAAGAAUGUUAGGAUUAUUAACUAAGCAAAGACUAACUUUGAUGACUCCAGUAUUCAUCAUGUGCACUGGCAGUGCAGAUACUUAGCGUCAAUCUGCCUUGUUAUGCGACAACAUUCGACUACCACCUAAUUGAAUGCGAUCCCAUGUGGCUAAACUGUACAUGAUUACAUUUA